AAAAUAUAGAAAAGUUUUAAAUUUUGUUUUCUCUAUUUUAAUUUUUUAUUUCUCAUUCAAAAUAUUUAAACUUAAUUUAAACUAGUAUGUUUGUAAAACAUCAAAACUGGAAUAGAUUGUCAAUAACAAAAAUAAACUAAUAUCAAACCACAUCUACUAAUAUUGGUUCUUGACUUCUUUCUAUCAUAGCUCACUUUAUUUUCUUAGGUGGCAUAGUAAAUUCUUCAUCAAUUUUUUUUUAAAUAGUUGAAUUGAUACUAUACACGAUAAAAUCAGAAAAUUCAAAGAAAUUGAAAGAGAUACAAAGUAUAUGCACCAUCAAAAGUAGACAAUACGAGAAAACUAAAAUGUAAAAACCUAACUAUUUAUUUAAAAUAAAAAAAAUGGAUUUUAAUAAGGUAAAUUAAACAAAUAAGAAAAGCGAAUAAAAAUCAUUCAUUGGUUUGGUCGGUGGUUUAACCGGUAGCCAAGUUACCAGGUUUAAGGGUUUUUAAUGGUUUUAUCGGAUUUUUGAAUAACAAAUACUUUUUAAAACUCAAAGCAGAUUAUUUAUCAGUCAUUGGAUUUUCCGAUUCAAGAUCUGAAAAGGGUAUGAAAACACUGGUCAUACGUCACUAUGGUUCGAUGAAUUCAAUCAGAUACAACCAAAUUCAAUAAAAUUCAAUUAUAAAAUAAUAAAAUAAAAUUGUAUUUCAUUAAGUUCAAUUUUUUCUGGGUAAAUUUUACAAACAAAAAUAAAAUUAAUUAAUAAAAAUUUCAAGACAAAUAAUCAUAAAAUAAAAGUUAUGUACAAAUUAAAAUUAACUAUAAAAUCAAGAUUUGACUUUAAAUACAAAAUUAGUCUUUUGACUUUAAAUGGUUAUCAUAGAAAAUUAUGAAAAUUCAAAAAUAAAUUAAACAUAAAAAUAUAAAAUUUUGUUUUGUAAUAUUUAUAAUAAUUUAAAAGAUAAAAAAGGAAAAUCUUUCAAAAUAGCCUCGUUUUUUGUUAUUGUUCCCAAAAUAGCAUCAAAAUGUCAGAGUAACAAAAAUAUGUUAUUAAAUAGUUAUAUGAUAAUUUUAUCCACAUUUAUAAAUUUAAAUGAUUAUUUCUUCAAUAUAUAAAAUAAAUAAAUAUUUUAAAAUUCAAAAACAAUAAAAUUGGAAAUAGUUUUUUUUUUUAUUUUUUCAAUUUUUUAAAAUCGUUUUUUUCUUAUAAAAGUUUUGGAACACCUUCCUGAACGUGAGUGAUAUAUUUUUGUAUUUGUUAAAAAUUUUCCUGAAUCCAAUAAUGCUUUCAUAAUAGUGUAAAUAUUCUUCUUGAAUGUAACUUGUAUGUAUAUUUAGAAAGUUGUUCCUAAAUAUGUACGUCAUCUUCCUCAAUUUUGAUCUAUAUGCAUAUUUUGGAAAUUAUUAUUCAAUAUAUAGCAUGUCUCGAAAAUUAUGAAGAUGUUUUAAAAAUAUUUAUAAUGUCUUUAUAAAAUAUAUAUAUCAAAUUUAUGAAGGUAUUUCGAAAACACUAGGAAUAUGCUACACAUAUUUAAGAAUAUCUUAUUAAAUAUACGACAACUCAAUUUCAUUAAUAUAUUCAUAAAUAUAUAUUCAUGAAGGUUUUUCUAAAUACCCAUUAAAAAUUUAUUUUUUAUUUCACAUAUAUGAAAACUUUCCUAAAUUUUAUGAAGAUAUUAUACAUAUUUAUUAAUGUGUUCCUAAAUUUUAAGAAAAUAUUAUACUUAUUAAGGAAGAGUUUCCUAAACUCAAAUUCAGGAGUACAUGUAUAUCAUACAUAUUUAGGAAGGUUUUCAUAAACUCAAAUUCGGGAAGAUAAGAUACAUAUUCAGAAGGUCUUCCUAAACUUUUUUUAAAGAAAAAUCGGUUUCUAAAAAAAAACAUUUCAGAUUUUUUUUUCAAAAAUAAAAGUUUCUUAUGUUUGAAAAAUAUAUUUAAAUAAUGUUUUAUAUAUCUGUUAAAUAAAGGAAUAAUUGUCAUUUUCCUUUUUAAUAAAAACUAUUUUGAUAAAUUUGACUCUUAUAUAUUAUUUUGUGAUAAAAAACGUUCUAGUGCUAUCUUUGAGUAUUCCUCAAAACAAAUAAUAAAAAUUAUUUUUGAUAGUAAAUUAUAAUUGAACUCUUUUUUAUCUAUCUGACUCUGAUGUUUCCGGUCUACGGUUUAAUCUGGUCCAACCGCUGGCUCAGUCUGGGUUUAAAACAUUGGUUCUUAUGUAGUUAAUAUAGUGAAUGAAGAGAUGGUAACAAGUGAUUGAUUGCGGGAUGUGAAGACUGUUGUUGAGCUUUGAAGAUUGGAAUGGAAUUUUCAGUUAGUGAAUGUGAUUCGAUUUAAAAGUAGUUCUAUAAAAAUAGGGUUUGAGAAUCGAGAAUGGAGAGUACCUUGGGAGUGGAACAUAUUUUCUGACAAGAAUACACAUACCAUUAAUGUAUUUUUCCUAGGAAAUGAAAGCUAUGUGAAUAUGUAUAAUGGCAUUUGGUUUUUGAUAUAUCGAUCGACUUUUUCGUGUCAGAAUCAGAACAUAAUUUCGAUUUUACACAAGCCGGCAAAAAAUACAUUUGUUUUGGAGUUAGAUGAUGGUAAGCGAUGAAAAUAAACUAUUGAGAUAUAAAGAAUUAAAUACUAAAACUUAAGCCCAUCACCGCUGCGAAGCUUCAUCGGGGCCUAAGGCGAAUAUGUAAAACUAUAACUUUUUAAUUAAAAUUUAAAUAUUACAAGUAAUUUCUUUUUCACUCACUUGCAGUAAACUUUGGAUAAAAAAAAUAACUAAAAAUUUUAAAAUGUUAAAAAAAUAUUACAUAUAUAUUAUUUGUUUUAACCAAAUUUUAAACAAAAUAUUAUAUUAUAUGAAUAAUUGUAAAUUAAAGUGGAAAAUAUUAAUUCAUUAAAUUGCUAAAAAUUUAGGUAACAUAUAAGUUUCUUACAUAAUAUAUUAAACUUACGAUACAACAUAUAUAAAUAUAAUAAUAGAUAAAUUUAUAAAUGUCAAAGAAAGAACCACACAAAAAUUUAUCUAUAUAAUAUCUAUUAUAUAUAUCGCUUAUUUUUGUACAUAUAGUACUGGUGACUUUCAAGAGCAAUUAAGUCAUAAGAAUUUUAAAUAAACUAAUAAGAAAAAAAAUUAUUAAACAAAAACUAUUUUUCAAAUAUGUAGAAAUCCAUACUAAACUGUUGUUUAAAUAUACACUAAAACUUUUUUUAGAAAUUAGGGGACCCUAAAUUUUGACAUUACUUGGGGGUGGGUCUUAAGGCAAAUGCCUUUUUCACUAUCAGGCAAGCACGGCUUUGCUUAAGCCGAUUGUCUUGUUGAAAGAAUUGAAAGAGAUGUUCUGAUGAUAACGACUAUUGGAAAAGAGAAUACCGAUCUCCAGACGGUGAACAAAAACAAUUCAAUGAAGUUUAUUUGUGGAUUUGAAGAAACUUCCUAUCAAAAAAUUCAAAGAACCAAUUUGACAUAAUCUCGGUUGUAUUCCAUAUUUAUUGAGAGGGAGUAUGGAGUUGAACUUGUAAGAGUUAUGGAACCUCAGUUGGCAACUAACUGGACAGAUUUAGACAAACACUUAAGAACAUAUCGAUUCGGCUAUAAUCUUCACCGCGAACCAGAUCAAAGGCAUGAACCAAUACCAGUCACCCAAUCAAUACCAAAUUUAUCACAUAUUCAAACCACCAGCUACCCUAGUCCAAGAUCUAAAGAUACUAAAAACUAAAAUCCGAAAGAAAGACUGCAAACAAGAGAAGCUCGAGACUGUGUAAGGCCUUAAACCACUGCAAAGACUACUACGAUACCCAAGCCUUCCGCUUCUUCAACCCGGCCCAAUCAAGAAAGGACCAAAAACUUGGAACCAGUAGUGACCUAUGCAAUUCACCGACAUAACUCAACCACAUUACCCACGACCACGGCAAAGAUCCAGAUGAGAAGUGAGCUUAUCGAACCGCACCUACCGUUGAAACCAGAUUCGCGUGAGCUAGACACAUGAUCUACAAAAUCAUGAGAAUUAUAACCGAACUGGACCGGCUGUGGCGCCAAUGGAGCGGUAGCGCCGGUGGAAGGAGGUUUCAUAACCUGAAGCUAAAGGUUGAAAAAGCUUGGGCGAGAGGAUAAUGAGAGAGUGAACCUUAAACUUUUAAUUACAUUUCUUCAUAUAUGUUAUCGAAUGCAGUAAAAUGAUUAUUCUAUCCACAUUAAAAAAUUUGGUUAAUUAUGAUUUAUGUUUUUUUUUUCAGUUCGAGUUUUUUGAUCUAGGUAAAAUGUCUAGAACUAACUAAAACUUUCGAAUAAAUUUCAAUAUAGAAGUUUAUAUGAGCAUUUUCUAAAGAUUAUUUUUUGACGACUACUACGCUCACAACCAAUCUUUCUCACUUUAAAUCUUUUAUGUGUAUUUUAGUUAAAACUCUUAUAUAUUUAUCUAUUUUUGGCUUUUCUAUUACCAAAUGAAUAUAAUUUUAUAAUUAUUUUUUAUUUAAAAGUUUUAAUAGUUAUAGUUUUUACUAUAACAUUAAUCACACUUUUUGAAAAUUUCAUUUAAAACCAGGGAAAAUUAUACAAAAAUGAUGUAACUAAAGAAAUACAUAAAAUUAUAUAAUUUUGACCAGCAUAGCAUAAAAUCUUGUCCAAUUUCUGAAUUACUUGAUUACCUUUGAGAACCCUAGAUACAUAUAUACAUACUCUUGUAAUCCUAUAAACCAAUUUUAAUUUUAAAUCCAAAUUUGUUAUAAUGUAAAAUUAAAAACAAACAAAGGAUUCUUGUAAACCAAUUACCCAAACCGAAAUCAAUCCGUAUAGACCGAUUUGGAUUGGUUUUAUGUAUAAAGUUUUACUCGACACCUAAAACCUCUGGGUUACUCGAUUGAACCAAUCUAAAGCAAGGUGGAAACUGAAAUCGAAUUAACUACCAGAUAUUAAACGGUUUUGAAAUUACAAAAUUGAACUGAUCCAAAAUCGACAGGAACCGACCUAAAUUGAACCGAACUAACUUUUGGUAUGGAUAUAAAAAAUAUAUUUAUCCAAUAAAACCGGAAUCAAUCGGUUUUUAUCCGGAACCGAACCGAAAACCCUAGUGCCCAACCCUAGGUUCUUGUUUAAGAGCUUGCAUGUCUUCUACAUUGAUCUCAAAGUUUGCACCUUUUGUCUUUUGUCACUUCUAUAACAGCAAUGGUGGAGUUAAACCCAUAAGCAGGAUUACUUAGAAACAACAUUCCAUCUAGACUUCUGCAGGUCGAAUCCCCAGAAAUGCUCAAUUAAUAGAUCUAUUGUGUUUAUUUGUUGAGGUUAAUUGAAAAGGAGAAAGCUUUCUUGAUUAGAGGAUGCAAGCUGUGAACUUGACGUUAAGGGUUUAAUGGCAGGAUGGUCAAGUUUCAAUAGUACUUCAUGUUCAUACAUUGAUGUUGAGGUUGAGGUAUCUGAUGAAUGUGAGGAGAGGUUAAAGAGAUUGUUUGAUCAAGCUUUGUUGAUCUUCCUUGAGGAAGAGGGUAAUAACAGGCCUCUCCCUGCAGUUACCGGUGAAGGCAAAACGGUUGAUUUGUUUAAGCUGUUUGUGUUGGUGAGGGAGGGAGGAGGGUUUGAUUCAGUGUCUAGGAAAGGGUUGUGGGACUCAGUGGCUGGGAGGUUAGGGUUGGACUGUUCAGUCUCUCCAUCUUUGAGGCUGGUUUACUCCAAGUACUUGGACCGGAUGGAGAAAUGGGCGGUGGAGAAGUCGAGGAUUGUGAACUGGGAUGAUGGGGAUAGUAAGAAGAAAGGGUGUUAUGGGGGUUUGUUGCAUGAGCUAGGAGAUGGGUUCAAGGGUUUGUUGGAGAAUGGAAAGUGUCCAAAACGUAAUAGAGCUAUGUCUUUUGGGUGUAGGCAUGUUGAAGAGUCCGGUUCUGAGUUCCAUAGCCCUAGGAAGAGAUUUAGAGAGUGUGAGGAUGAUGAUGAUGAAGAAGUAGGAACGUCCUGUGCUGUUCUUAGUGAUGAUUCUGAGGAAGAAGGUUUGGUAAAGCAAGAAACUUUACAGGGUAUGUUAAAGUGGCUUACUUUGGUUGCCUUAUGCCCUCAUGAUCCUUCCAUUGGAGUCAUACCACACUGCUCAAAGUGGAAGGACUACACUGGAAGCGCGUGUUGGAUCCAAGUGACUAGAGCAAAGAAUGCUUUACUUGUUCAAAACUCUUCAUUUCUGCGCUUGCAGGGUAACCAAACUAUGCAUCCUUCUAUGUACGAAGACGACCGUAGUAGGUCGACAGGGAGGUUAAGAUACAGCAUAAGGCGUCCAAAUUUAUCCAAACCACAGUGCAGUGAAAGUCCAGUAUCUCUAACUAAGUCAGGAUCUAGCCAUUGCAGAGAAGUUAUCUCUGUUUGUGAAGCCACAACAGAUCUUGUUGCAGGAACAUCUGGAGCAACGGAGUUGCAAGUAUUCUCAAAUGCAGUCAAAGAGAGAAACAAACCAGAGAUCCCGAGAAGGUAUGUGGCUGUAGGACGUCAUUACCAAGCCAGAGUCGAUGAAUGGACAGGAGGAUCUGGUCUAGAUAGUGAUACUAAGUGGUUAGGAACACGCAUAUGGCCAUUGGAGAACAGAGAAGUUGUGGAUCGUGGCCUUGGAAAAGGAAGGCCAGAUUGCUGCAGCUGUGAAAUCCGCACCUCUGGUUCUGUCGAAUGCACUAGAUUCCACAUUGCAGAGAAGAGAAUGGAGCUCAAACGUGAUCUCGGCGAUGUCUUUUUCCAUUGGAGGUUCAAUCAGAUGGGGGAAGAAGUGUCUUUAAGGUGGACAGAGAGAGAAGAGAAGAUGUUCAAGAAACUGAUGGUUUCGGAUUCUCAGAGCUUUUGGGAGAACGCUGCAAAGUGUUUCAGGGGGAAGAAGAGAGAGCAGCUUGUGAGUUACUACUUCAACGUCUUCUUGAUUAACCGUAGAAGGUAUCAGAACCGUGUGACUCCGAGAAAUGUAGACAGUGAUGAUGAAGGGACUUUUGGUUGCGUGGGUAACAGUUUUGGUCGUUAUGCUGUUACGUUGAUUGGUUCAGAUAUUAUGAUAUGUUCUCAGAACAGACAGUGUAAUGACCUUGACUGAAGAAGCGGAAGAUGAUUUGGAACAUAAGUAAAAAGGUUUUGUGUUUUGUCUAAUGUUAACUCCGUGAUAUGAGUAUAGGAGUUUGUAGUGUUUUUGUGCCUUUUAAAGCCAAAGACCGGCAAAUGGUUUAACUUUUGGAACAAAAUCGAUUUUUAAGUUUUUUUUUU